AUGUCAGCAUUGAUAUUAAGAGCUGCUCAAGAUUUUUCACAAUUAUUUCUUGGUACAUCUCGUAGUGAUGAUUCAGUAGGUGAUCGUCUUAGCUCUCGAUAUACAUGUGCUAUACUUAUUGCUUUUACUAUAAUUGUUUCAAAUCGUGAAUUUACAUCACGACGUAUUCAAUGUUGGGUUCCUGCUUUUUUUACAGGAAAUUAUGAAGAUUAUACAAAUAAUGUAUGUUGGGUACGUAAUACGUAUUAUAUUGAUGAUGCUAAGGAAAUACCUGAUAAUACUGAUAUACGUCAUCAAUCAUCUAUACGUUAUUAUCAAUGGAUACCAUUUAUACUUCUUCUUCAAGCAUUUCUUUUUUUUAUACCUUAUGUUUUAUGGAGAGUAUUAUGUCAACGAUCAGGUAUUGAUAUACGUGAUAUAGUCGAAGCUGCAGCAAAUUUUAAAAAACCGAAUGAUGAAAAACAAUCUGAACGUUUAAUGAAAUUUAUUAUUUCAGUUAUUGAUCAAUAUGUUGAUGAUCCACGUCGACAACCAAAUAAUCGUGAAACAGUUUGGUGGAAAAAAUGUUUUCUCGUCUUUUUUCCAUCAUCUGGCCGUUAUAUGGGAGAUUAUUUACGAAAUUUAUUUUUAUUCAUUAAAAUUAUUUAUAUUAUAAAUAUUGCUGUUCAAAUAGUACUUUUAUCUUUACUAUUGGGUCAGCCAUUUUGGUCAUUAGGUUUUACUGUUCUUCGACUAUUAUAUGAAGGAAAAGGUUGGGAUUUUACAAGUCAAUAUUUUCCUAAAGUAACAUUAUGUGAUUUUUCAAUUCGUGAAGCAAAUGCUCUACCGAUUGCACAUACUUAUACAGUUAUGUGUGUUUUACCAAUUAAUCUAUUUAAUCAACAAAUAUUUACAUUUUUAUGGUUUUGGUUUGUUUUUAUUAUUAUUUUAACUAUUUAUGAUCUUUGUAUAUGGAUCUAUCGAUUAUUUUUUCGACGAGAAUUGUUUCUUCAAGAACGUUUAAAAAUAAUGGAUUAUGAAUUGACAAAAAAAUGGCCAUUUAAUGAUUCAUGUGCUGAACAUAUUAACAAACAAGAUAAUGAAUAUUUAAUGAGAGUACAAAGUCGUGUUGAAACAGAAUCUACGACAGGCGAUGAAGUAUAUAUAUUACGUGAUGGAAGAAAAAUUCAUCAUCAAUCACGAAUGUUUAUUGUUCCACCUAUGUAUUAUGAAGGCAAAGGUCGAACAUUAUUUCAAUUUUUUAAUGAUGAAUAUUUAGAAGCUGAUGGACAUUUUAUUUUACGUAUUAUUGGUACAAAUGCAAGUGAAUUAGUUUCUACUAGAAUUAUUCAUGAUUUAUUUCAAUUAUGCUGUGAAAAACGAUUUAUUCCUAAUGCAGUUGAAAAAUUGAGAACACCACCACGUGUAACUCUUUAUAAAUAUUUAGUUAUUCCAAAAGAAGGUCAACCACCUCCACCUCCAGCUCCAGCUCCACCUCCACAGCUACAAUUACAACAACCUAAAACACCAAAUUAUGAAACACAACCUAAAACACCAAAUUAUGAAACACAACCAAGAACAAAUCCAUUUGCUCCACACGCUUCAGUUGUACCAUCAUUAUAUUCAACAACUAGUCAACAACCACCGGAAGUUAAACGACGAACAUCUCAUCAUCCUCCACAUACAGAAAGUCAAGCACGAGCACGUUCUGAUACACUUCCAUUUCUCGAUCAAACUGAAGUAUUACAACGUUUAUCAACAAUGAGAGGUGAAAAUGGUUCAAUACCUUCAAGACGUACUCAACAUUCUUCACAACAUGAUGAACAAGAAGAAGGUCAAUAA